UUACGUUAACCCUGGUUUUAUUGAUUUGUGGUGUUUUGAGUUACAAUGCCAAUAAUGUUGUAAAUUUUUUUGUUUGCUUGUUUUGGCGAGUGCGCACUAAUCAUAUUUUUCUAUACAAUUAAUUUUUUCCUAACGCUAUAUCUUAUCUUUAAUUAAAAUUUUGUUACCUGAUAUUGCAAUUUCAAAUGUUGUGAUUAUAAUAGUUUGUGAUUGAUUUAAUUAUUAUUAUAAAUGGUCGAAAUGCUAAAUGUAAAGUAUGAUGCACAGGCUUUAGUAGAAAAACAAAAGAAUAUGAGAAAUGAUGACAAAAUAUGGACCUUCGCACGAAUAGGUCAAACCAUCAAUUUGUCAGUAGAGAAAUUUAUAGCUAUAGGAGAAGUCAUUGCACAGAAUAAUCCAGAUAUUAAACCAGACUUAAGUGAAUCUUGCAAGGAAGCAUUAAAUGCGGGAAAAACAAUAGAACGCAUAUGUAAAUUAACAACCAUAGAGAGUAUCAACUAUCCUGACUUUAACGAUAGUUUGUGCGAUUUGGGUUCAAUUACGAAUGCAGCUAGAUCUUUACUUUCUGCAAUUACACGAGUAUUACUUUUAGUUGAUAUUGUAAUUGUUAAACAAUUACUUACAACAAAAAAGAAAAUUUCCGAGAGCUUAGAGAAACUUGAAUCAGUAUUAAACUUUGCCGAAUUUGUGAGAGCCUUUACCAUUUUCGGCAUAGAAAUGGUAGAAUUAGCCUAUUUUACAGGAAAUCAGCAAAAUGCUGUGAAAGAAGAAAGAAGACGCGCACAACUAUACGCAGCAAGACAAAUCUUAGAACACUCUGUAAAUAUUUUAUUAACCUCUUCGAAAAUUUGUCUAGUACAUUGUGAGUGUAUUAAAGCGAAAGAAAAUCGAGAUACUAUUUUUUGUCAAAUACGACGAGCAAUGGAUCUCAUACAUUUUGUUGUGAAAGACAGUAUUUUUAGUUCUAGUUUGCUUGUGAAGAAUGCUCACGCUAUAAGCAGCAAACCAACCGACAGAGGUACCGUUUAUUCAACGUUGAGAUUCUUUACGUUUUUAUUAGAACGUUUGCAGUAUCGGUUGGAUAAUAAUGAAAUUGUAGAUACUCCUAUGGAAAAUCGAAAUGAAAAGAUUGUAUCAAGAUACAAUAUGAGUCCAUCAUAUUAUCGUGAUGAUAUGUGCAAUGAACUAUACAAUUGUAAUUACUUUAAUGAUGACAAAGCAAUUUUUUAUCCAAAUCCUGAAACACUUUCAAGUACUGAAGUAAGAGUCGAAUUGCUAAACGCUUUUGAUAGGGUGCUGGAAAAAACGUAUGAUUUCACUGAUUCGGCAUAUACAAGUCAUGAGAAUCGACAAAAUAUAUUAUACCUCUGCGAUCAAUGUAGAAUUGAACUCAAUAAUAUUGUAAGCAAUUUAACUGUAAACAGACAGUACUCAGCAAAUCAAUAUAUUACGAAGCAGAUUGAUGGAAUUUUGCAGACAGUCAAAGAACUGUCAGAACAACUCAUUUUAUCAGUAGCUGAUCAAAUAACAGAUUUUUAUCAUUCUUUAAAAAUGUCUUUGGAAUUAGUAAAUAACUUUCGAUCUCUUGCAAUUGAGCAAGAUUUUCCAAAUCUAGAGCUUUACUCGAAUAAAUUUCACGAUUACUGUGAUCAUGUUAUCGAUAUAUGUAAACUACUACGUCAUAUAGCAUUCAGUGAAACGCUACAAAUUCAAGCUAAAUGCUUGGCAGUUAAUUUCAGAAUAUAUGGACCACAAGUGCUAACGGCGGCUCAGAUAUUGGCAAAAUAUCCUUCGAGCACACCUACAAUAGAAAAUUUUGAAGCAUUUGUAGAGAUGUGGAAAUGGCUUACUUCUGAGUUAUUAUCCCUAGGAAAACAAGUUUUGGAUUGCACUAAUGAACAAAGAAACGAUAAUACAAGAUCUAUUAAGAAUACGGAAAGAAUACGAAAAACUUACGAUGAACGUAGAGAAGUGGAGAAGGGUAAUGAAGAGACACAAGAAUUGGUUAAGAAUGAUACAAAUGAAAUGAACACUUUUAAUCAAAAAUGGAAUGAAGAUCUUAGUGAUAAUAAUGAUAUUAUAAAACGAGCUAAAAAUAUGUCUGCUAUGGCCUUUUCUAUGUAUCAAUUUACGAAAGGUAAUGGCGAAUUAAGAACAACGCAAGAUCUCUUCACACAGGCUGAGUAUUUUGCUGAAGAAGCAAAUCGUCUAUAUAAAGUGCUACGACAAUUUUCUUAUCAAGUUCCAGCAAGUGACAACAAAAAAGAACUACUAAACAUAUUAGAUAAAGUUCCAACAUUUGUACAAGCAUUACAAUUUACUGUGAAAGAUCAUACUGUUGGGAAGGCAGCAACCUUUGUGAAAGUCGAUCAUGUUAUCAGAGAAACAAAAAAUCUUAUGGGAGUAAUAAACAAAGUUGUGUCCAAGUGCUUUGAAUGUGCUAAUAAGUACAAAUUAGACUUUUCAGCACUGUCUGGAGAUGUGGGUUCACGCACAUUGCGAGGAGAAGAAAACACUGCCGCCGGUACAGCUGAUUCGAAAGGAUCUACGAAUAGCACAGAGGGAAGCAUGUGACAUUACGGUAUGGCUCGAAGAGCCAAGGGUGAUGCAAGAAGAACGAGAGUGUCAUUUUUAUUAUUUUAAUUAUUUUUGCAUAUUCAAUCAUAAAGACAAAACUAUAAUUCUAGUUAUAUAAACCGAUUUAGAUUUAUAUGAACCUCUAUGUAAAUUUACGUCUUUUUCAAUAUUUUUACAUUAAAAUCAAAUGCAUAUCUUAUCUUUGGUAAAUAAUGUUUUUAUAUAUUAUUAAAAAUUAUC